AUGGCGCCUCUACUUCGAACCGCGCCCUGGCGUGCAUACCAGGGUCUGGUGCGCCAGAAGCUUCAUGGCUUCAAUGCUCGCUCUAUUUCCACAAGUAACUCCCUCCGGGCUACAAACCAUGCCGGCGCCAAUCCCCUCCGCUCGCGGGCUUCAACCGGCGCUGCCGGCCAAGGCAAGGACAAUGCCCCAGUCGCUCAAUACCAGAAGUCCAUAAUCCUGUCUGCAGUUGGAAUUGUGGCCAGUGCUGCUGCUAUGUAUGGCGUGAUUAAAAUGGAUAUCUUCGGCCUUGAUGCACUCGAGAGCAACAAGAAGAACGAACCCGCGACGAAUACCUCCGAGCCCAAUACUAUUACCACCGACCAACAAAAUGGUACACUGAAGAUGGAUGGACCUGCCGGAUUUCCAAGUGAUGGAGGACCAUCUGUCAUUCCUCUGCAAGGCCAAGACAAUGUUGACCAAGUUCCGACCGGCACAAGCACCGUGCCAUACUUCCCUACUACGAUUCGUCUUCCUUCGAUCGCCGAGAUGGAGAACAAACAGACAAACGAUGAUAUUACAACAUCGGACGGAGAUGAAUAUCAACUGCUAGGUUUGGGAAUUCGCACAGUCUCAUUCCUUAGAGUCCAGGUCUAUGUUGUUGGACUCUAUGUUGCCAAGGCGGAUAUCACGGAGCUCCAGCAACGCCUCGUUCGCACAGCCAUUCACCCCCCUGUCGCAUCAUCCGAUGAGGCUGCCGCUAUUUCUGGAAUUGGUGCUGACGCAGCCACAUCACUGCGUCAGCAGCUGAAGGAGCUACUUUUGGACCCCGAGCACGGCGAUGCUGCCUGGAACGCUCUUAUUAAGGAAAACGGAAUCCGAACUGUCUUCCGCAUUGUUCCCACCCGCAAUACUGACUUCAUGCAUCUCCGUGAUGGCUGGGUUCGUUCUAUCACCAAUCGCGCUCAGGAGAAGAAGCCUGCGCUCGGUUCGACCACACCUGGGGAGUUCGAUGAUGCCGGAUUUGGAACAGCUAUGAAUGAAUUCAAGUCGAUCUUCGGUGGAAGUCAUCGCAAGUCGCUUCCCAAGGGUCAGACCCUUUUCCUGCUCCGCACCGGCCAGGGUGCUCUCGAGGCCUUGCUCCAACCCAGCGCGGCGGAACCGAUGUCUUGGGUGGGUCGCGUUGCUGACGAACGUGUCAGUCGACUUGUGUGGCUCAACUAUCUAGCUGGAAAGUCCGUUUCUAGUGAAGGUGCUCGACAGAGCAUCGUGGAUGGCCUGGUCACGGUUGUGGAGCGUCCUGUCGGCACAGUCGUGCAGCGAGUCGUUUAG